AUGACCGACUACACUGGCUGGACAGUCAGUGAGUGGAAGAAGUUCCACUUCGAUGCCACCCCCGACACCUCUUUUGAGUUGUUGACUCGGCUCUUGAAAGACCAGAAGCCUUCGGACCCAGCAUGGAUUUCGCUUGCGUCUGAAGACGAUUUGCGCCACCAGUGGACUUUUCUCCAAUCAAACAAAAAUAAGAGAUUGCUUCCUCUCUACGGUGUUCCAGUAGCAGUGAAAGAUAACAUCGAUGUGAAGUCUUUAGCUACCACAGCCGCAUGUCCGUCUUUUGCGUAUAACCCCACCGAAGAUGCCACAACAGUGCGCUUGUUGAGAAACGCCGGUGCUAUUAUUCUCGGCAAAACUAACUUGGACCAGUUUGCCACGGGCUUGGUGGGCACCAGAUCGCCGUACGGCAUUACGCCUAACACUUUCAACAAAGACUACGUUUCCGGAGGCUCUUCGGCGGGCUCGGCUUCAGUGGUUGCCCGCGGAAUUGUCCCCAUUUCCUUGGGAACGGACACUGCCGGUUCUGGCCGCGUGCCCGCAGCUUUGAACAACAUCAUUGGACUCAAGCCCACCAAGGGCGUGUUCUCAUGUAAAGGCGUGGUGCCCGCAUGCAAGUCCUUGGACACGGUUUCUGUUUUUGCCUUGAACCUCCAGGACGCACAAUUGGUGUUCAACAUCUUGGCCAAGGAAGACAUCGAGCACGAUGAGUAUUCCCGCGCCUUGCCUGAAAAUGUGUUGACGAGCUUUGCCUCGAGCCCGCGUGUUUCCGUUCCCUCCACUCUUACUUGGUGCGGAGAGAACGAAAACCCCGAGCUUUUUAAGUCGGCCGUCUCUCUCGUGGAGAAGACCGGAUGUACGAUGUCCACCAUUGACAUCUCCCCACUCUUGGAUUUGGCCAAGUACUUGUACGAUGGCUGCUGGGUCGCUGAACGGUACUGGGGCGCCAAGGAGUUUUUGGCCACCAAUCCCCCGGAAAAGGACUUGGACCCCACUGUGAUGCAGAUCAUCAAGGGAGGCGCCAAUCACUCUGCAGCCUCGUCUUUUGAGUACGAGUACAAGCGCCAGGCCAUUUUGCAGAAAAUGAAGCCCAUCUUGAAGAAUGUUGACGUGAUUGUUGUGCCAACAGCUCCCUUGAACCCUUCGAUCAAGCAAGUUCAAGACGAGCCUAUUAAAGUUAACUCUUGCCAGGGCACCUACACCAACUUUGUGAACUUGGCAGACUUGUCUGCUUUGUCCGUCCCUGCCGGCAUCCGUCAAGACGGCUUGCCUUUCGGUGUGACCUUUCUCUCGCACAAGUUCAAUGACUAUGCUUUGUUGGAAUUUGCCUCUCGAUACAUGAAAGUGUAUGCCCAAGAAACCUCCAGAUUCCAUGGCUGCUUGAAAGAAAGCCAGGUCUCGCCUUUGGAAAAUGUCGUCUACGCGCCAUCGGAAUUGCCAAACAAGGUCUUGAAUAACACAGUCAAGUUGGCAGUGGUCGGUGCUCACUUGAAAGGGUACCAAUUGCAUUGGCAGUUGGAGGAAGUGAACGCCACUUUCGUGGAAGCUACUUCCACGUCGCCCAAUUACAAGUUGUACGCAUUGCCCAAGACAGGCCCUGUCGCCAAGCCUGGUUUGAGAAGAGUUUCUUUCCUGGGCUCAGAAAUUGCUUUGGAAGUCUAUGAAAUUCCACUCGAGUCCUUUGGCAAAUUUGUCAACUUUGUUCCAGAGCCUUUGGGAAUUGGAUCGGUGGAGUUGAAGUCCGGCGAGUGGAUCAAAUCUUUUAUCUGCGAGGAGUCUGGCUACAAUGCUCAAGGCUCAAAAGACAUCUCUGAGUUUGGUGGCUGGCACGCAUAUCACGAGCACUUGAGCAGGGAGGAAGCAAAGACCAAAAGACCGUUCAAGUCCGUCCUCGUAGCCAACCGUGGUGAGAUUGCCGUCAGAAUCAUGAAAACUUUGAAGAAGAUGAAUAUCCACGCCAUUGCCAUUUACUCCAACCCCGACAAGUAUGCUCGUCAUGUGCUCAUGGCUGACGAGUCGAUAGCUUUGGAUGGCGUUUCUGCUGGUGAAACAUACAUCAACAUCGACAAGGUAAUUGCAGCUGCCAAGAAGUCACGUGCAGAAGCCAUUAUUCCAGGCUACGGUUUUUUGUCCGAAAAUGCAGAUUUUGCUGAUAGAUGCGUGAAGGAAGGCAUUGUUUUUGUGGGCCCCGCUGGUGAUGCAAUUAGAAAGUUGGGCUUGAAACAUUCAGCUCGAGAGAUUGCCGAGGCUGCCGGUGUACCUUUGGUGCCUGGGUCGGGUUUGGUUUCUGAUGUGAAAGAAGCCAAGAAAAUUGCAGGCGAGCUUGGGUAUCCAGUCAUGGUGAAGUCCACUGCUGGCGGAGGCGGUAUUGGUUUGCAAAAGGUAGACUCUGAAGAUGAAAUUGAGAGGGUCUUCCAAAGUGUGCAGCAUCAAGGAAAGUCUUACUUUGGCGAUUCCGGCGUGUUUUUGGAACGCUUCGUUGAAAACGCCCGCCACGUCGAGAUCCAAAUGUUUGGUGACGGAUACGGCAAAGCUAUUGCUUUGGGCGAGAGAGACUGCUCUUUGCAAAGAAGAAACCAAAAAGUCAUUGAAGAGACACCUGCCCCCAACUUGCCAGAGGCGACGCGCCAAAAAAUGAGGGCCGCUUCGGAGUCUUUGGGCUCGUUGAUGAACUACAAGUGUGCUGGCACUGUUGAAUUCAUCUACGAUGAGAAAAGGGACGAGUUCUACUUUUUGGAGGUCAAUGCACGGUUGCAAGUGGAGCAUCCCAUCACAGAAAUGGUGACGGGUCUUGACUUGGUGGAGUGGAUGUUGUUGAUUGCGGCCGAUACUCCCCCUGACUUCGAUCAGAAAAUCACGGUGACGGGUGCAUCUAUGGAAGCCAGAUUGUACGCCGAGAAUCCCGUGAAGGACUUCAUGCCUUCUCCUGGUCAACUCACUGAAGUCAAGUUCCCAUCUUUUGCCAGAAUCGAUGGCUGGGUCGAAACGGGGACUGUCAUAAGCGCCGAGUAUGACCCCACCUUGGCCAAGAUCAUUGUGCACGGUAAGGACAGAAACGACGCCUUGAAGAAAUUGCGCCAAGCAUUGAACGAAACUGCCAUUUCAGGCUGCAUCUCAAACAUUGACUACUUGCGUUCAAUCGCCAACUCGGAAAUGUUUGAAACUGCUAAGGUGGCCACCAAGGUUUUGGACUCGUUUGACUACAGGCCAACUGCAUUCGAGGUUGUAUCUCCCGGUGCUUACACUACCGUGCAAGACUUCCCAGGCAGAAAGGGCUACUGGCACAUUGGCGUUCCACCCUCGGGAUGUAUGGAUGAAUAUGCCUUCCGUUUGGCAAACAGAGCCGUGGGUAACGACGAGGCAGCUCCAGGAUUAGAGUUGACCUUGAACGGACCAACGCUUUUGUUCCAUCAUGAUGCUGUGGUUGCUGUCACCGGAGGUGUGGUUGAUGUUGAUGUUGAUGAUAAUCACGUGAAGAAGGGCCAGAAAUUGAUUAUUGGAAGAUUGCAGGCGGGGUGCAGGGCAUAUGUCGCCAUUCGCGGAGGAAUCGAUGUCUGUGAAUACUUGGGGUCCAGAUCAACAUUUGCUCUUGGAAACUUGGGUGGCUACAACGGACGUGUUUUGAAACUUGGCGAUGUUUUGUUUUUGGGUCAGCCCGAGUUACCCAGUUGCUCAUUGCCUCUUCCAGUUUCCGAGCCUCUUGAGGUUCCUUCGUCUUUGAUUCCAUCCUAUGACUUCAACGCCACUAAUGCGUGGAAGGUUGGUGUGACUUGUGGUCCUCAUGGUUCUCCUGACUUUUUCACCCAAGAAGCUGUCAAAGAAUUUUUCGCUUCCACCUGGAAAAUUCAUUAUAACUCCAACCGUUUUGGUGUGAGAUUGAUAGGCCCAAAGCCAAAGUGGGCGAGAAAGGAUGGAGGUGAGGCCGGUUUGCACCCAUCCAACGCACACGACUACGUCUACUCAAUUGGUGCCAUCAAUUUCACUGGUGAUGAGCCUGUUAUCUUGACUUGUGAUGGUCCAUCUCUUGGAGGCUUUGUGUGCGAGGCAGUUGUUGCCGAAGCAGAAAUGUGGAAGAUUGGCCAGGUCAAGCCCGGUGACCUGGUUCAGUUUUUCCCAAUCUCUUACGAGACUGCGAAGAGCUUGAAGGCAUCUCAAGACAAGGUCAUCCAGGAGCUUGCUGGGGAUGUGCCUUCAUUCGAAGGAAAAACGUUGGCGGAAGCUGAAGACCCGGUUUUGGCUCUCAUUCCCCACACUGCAUCCUCGCCAAAGAUUGUUUAUCGUCAAGCUGGUGACAGAUAUAUCUUGGUGGAGUACGGCGAGAACAACAUGGACUUCAACUUGUCAUACAGAAUUCACAAGUUGAUCAGUUUGGUGAAUGACUUCAACGUGGAAGGUAUAGUGGAAAUGUCUCGUGGCGUUCGCUCGGUGCUUAUUGAAUACGAUGCAACAAUCACGCAGAAGAAGUUGUUGGAUAUUUUGCUUGCUAUUGAGAAAGAGAUUGUUACCGUCAACAAGUGGAAGGUCCCUUCGCGGAUCAUCAAGUUGCCAAUGGCUUUCGAGGACCAAAAGACAAUGGACGCCGUGACGAGAUAUCAGGAAACGAUUAGAAGCGAUGCGCCUUGGUUGCCAAAUAACGUGGAUUUCAUCGCUUCCAUUAAUGGUGUCGAACGUACUCAGGUGAGAGACAUGAUGUACACUGCCCGCUUCAUGGUCCUUGGCCUUGGUGAUGUAUUUUUGGGCGCUCCAUGUGCUGUACCAUUGGAUCCAAGACAUCGUCUUUUGGGAACAAAGUAUAAUCCAUCCAGAACCUAUACUCCUAAUGGCACUGUUGGUAUUGGGGGCUCAUACAUGUGUAUUUAUACCAUGGAGUCUCCGGGAGGAUACCAAUUGGUGGGACGCACGGUUCCUAUUUGGGACAAGUUGACCUUGGGUGCGCACUCUUCUGGGGACAAGCCGUGGUUGUUGAAUCCGUUUGACCAAGUUGAGUUCUACCCUGUUUCGGAGGCUGAGGUCGACAGGUUCACCGAGCAAAUGGAAGCUGGGCACUUUGAUGUCGAGAUUGUCGAAAGUGUUUUUGACCAUGAGCAGUACAUGCACUGGGUUCAAGACAAUUCUGCGUCUAUCGAAGAGUUCCACCAGAAGCAAACUGGCGAAAAGUUCGAGGAAUUCAACAGGCUCAUCCAGGUGUCUAAUGCCGAAUUAGAGGCUGGCAAGGCUGGACCUGCUGUUUUUGAAAAGGACGAGUUCAGCGAAGAAGCCGAAAUGGUUUACUCAGAAUACUCUGGAAGAUUCUGGAAGCCGUUGGUAGAAGUGGGUGAUCUUGUGGAAGCUGGACAAGGAAUGGUGGUGGUUGAAGCCAUGAAAACAGAGAUGGUGGUCUGUGCACCCAGUGCAGGUAAAGUUGUCAAGAUCUGCCACAAAAACGGUGAUAUGGUUGACGCUGGGGACUUGGUCGUUGUGAUCGAGUAA